CUUCGCAACGUCAAAGCCUCGCGUUCCUUUCACCGUCCCACCCAAUUUGGCCCGCCCAUUCCAUGUAGCAGCAAAGAUGUCGGUUCCCCGCGCGCGGUUGCUCGACCUUAUGAGGGCUCGAUGCGAGCUCUUCUCGACCACCUUCAACCCCGACGGCAUCCGGACCGGCAACAAGAUUCUGCGCCAGAGACUCAAGGGCCCCGCGCUUGCCUCGUAUUAUCCCCGCAAGAUCGUGACGUUCCGCCAGUUUCAGGAUGCGUUCAAGCCUCUCGAGCUUGAGGUUGACAAUGAGGAGGAAAUCGACCGCCUCGAGCACAUCGCAGCGUACGCCACGCCCCGUUCCGCGUAAUUCCUGUCUGUA